AUGAGAAGGUCCUCAAUUUUAAAGUCGCAGAACUCGGAGCCGAUGAUAGUGGUCGAAGAUGAGAGAGAAGACGAAAAAACGAACAGUUCAUCUAGGCAGAGUUCCGAAGAUGAAUCUACCUCCUUGAAUCCUUUCUUGUUGUCUCCUUAUGCGCGGGAAAUCAGAAAGCAUUCUCUGCCCACGCCCCAAUGCAGUGGGAUAACGGCAUCUCAAGUACGACGUCUGUCGGAACGAGGAGAAACAACGGGACCCGGCCCUCGCCAGGUGGAGUUUCUAGCGACUCUUUCGCAAGAACCUCAACAAACUGCUGGCGGACGAAGACACUCCGUCGUUACCAUCUCCAAGCUGCCCUCAUCUCUCUUCGGCAGGAAUCGACGGGAGUCGGUGGCAGCGUACCCGUCGUCAAGUAGAAUCCUACCUGGCAGGAGAGAGUCGAUCGCCUGCCCACCUUCGACAGAAUCCAGGGGCAGUGUUCACAAUCUUCAGCUGGACAUCAUGGACGAUAUUGUCCAAGCACGGAAGGUUAGAAUGAAGAUGUGGAACACCAGCAAGGAAAAAGUGUGCGAAGUGCAACCUUUGGACGAAACAGGGACCGUGCAGAGGUACACCAACAACGUUGCUAGGAGGUUUUCGGACUUCGUAGGCACAACUCUCGCACCUAUUCCUAGUAUGAGCAAACGCAGAGCCUCAGAGCUUCCCCAGCCCUCUACGUCAGGAACAAAAAAAGCUUCGUCCGGCAUUGUAUGCACCAACACAGACCUGAUCUCUAUCUUGCAUUCGCUUUCGACAUCGGCUACGGAGAUCAACCAAUGUGAAAAGGAGCAGGAGGACAAAGAUAAACCAGGCACAUCGCGUCGACGAGGUCUAUUGAAGGACAACAGAUCCAACAGCUUCGACAUAUCCAUCCUCCAGGAGAAGCUUAGCUCCAUGGAGGCCAUAUCGAUCCCUACACCUUCCAACUGGUUCACGAAGAGGCACCAGCCUACGAAGACUGAUAUAAUUAAGAAAGCGGUGUCUAUCCAGAAAGAGAAGAAACCAGGAAAGGUGAUGUGGGACGAGAAAAGUGGGUCCCUGGUAGAUCCGCAAGCCCUCGGAAGCGCCAUUGAGGUGUUUUUAAGGAAAACCUCACCGUCUGACUCUGGCAAUGUUAGUAGUACCUCCCCAACUAAAAGCCUCUCGAAAAUAAUCAGCAAAGGAGCUGCACCAGGGAGGUCCAAGACAUGGUUCUCCAAGGGUGAUGAGGAGACUACUGAGAGUUGUGACUCAUCGAUCUGCUCAACGCUCAAAGACUUAUUUGUCAAGUAGCAAGUUUAUCGCGCCUAUACAAAAAUAUUAUUAAGCCAGUCAGUGGGAUCAAGGUAAUAAUUUUAACGGCGCAACGUAACGAGGUCACAAAAGUUGGGAAGCAGUCAGGUGACAGACCUGAAAUUUAAUAAAAUUCGGGUGGAGCUAGGCCCGGUUCUUCAAUUGUAAGUUAACUGCAACUUGGCUACUAAGCAGGAGUUAACUGUCAAAAAGCGUUUUUAACGCCAAGUUUGUACCAAAGAAGGAAGCUAGAAAUUAUUUAAGAACAACAAACAAAUGGAAACAUACCCACAAAUGAAGAAUUUUUUGAUGUUCCUUGAAAGAUGUUAGAGUCAGUCGUUUCUACAAUAAUUGUAGGACGCCUUCAUGGCCUCCUUAAUUUUCAUAGUUUUCUACUCUUAUGUGUCAGCGCUCUAUUUUGAGGUUAUGUUACAAAUAUAUUUGCAUCAAAUUUUUCCUACUUUUGAUUUAUAUCAUCUGUUAAUCUGUUAUAUAGCCUGAAAUUUCCUACAAUUCAAGAAAAAAAUAUAGCCUGACAAAGGCUGACGCUGACAUGGAACAGUAGAAAUUCAGAGACCUUACUUGAGACGUGACGCUUCAUUGGAAACAAUGAAUAUCAGCAGAUAUCUCGCUGUGAAACAAUGACGCUUUCUUAUGGAACGUUCAGGGGAGGAUUUAAAUUUUCAUUUGACAGUCUAAUCUAGUCACAAGAUGGCAUCGAUGUUCCUGAGAUUUUUCUUUGCUGGCCGUGUACGGGGUGUUCUGAAAAUAGAUAGAAAUUUUUUAGAGGAUGUUUCCUUGUUGAAAAAUAUGAAAUUUUUUUUAUAAACACGUGUCCAGAAAUAGA